AUGGCCGACAAAGAUGCUAAGCAGCCGUCGACAGCCUCCAGCGCCCAACCUGUAGAUGAACCUCGCCGCUUCUUCCGCUGGCACGAGCCUGGCACCAGCAAAGCAGACAAGUGGCUGAUCUUCAAGCUGGACUGGUUCCUGCUUAGCUACAGCUGCCUCACGUUCUUCAUCAAACAGCUCGACGGGAACAACGUCACAAAUGCAUACUCGUCGGGCAUGUCGGAGGACCUCAACUUCGGGCCUGGCAACGAACUCAGCUGGAUGAACACGUACUUCAACGCCGGCGUCAUCAUCGGCGGGCCCUUUUCCAAUCUCAUUCUCACCGUCGUCAGACCCCGUAUCUGGCUGACCUUCUGCCUCUUCACCUGGUCCUUCUUCGUGCUCUUCCUCUUCAAAUGCAACCACGCCUCCGAGUUCUACGCCCUCCGCUUCUGCAUCGGACUCUUCGAAUCAGCCGCCUGGCCUGGAAUCCAGUACGUGCUCGGCUGCUGGUACACCAAAUCCGAGAUCGCGCGCCGCAGCGGCCUCUUCGUCAUGUCCGGCGUGCUCGGCCAGAUGUUCUCCGGCUACCUGCAAGCAGGCCUAUACAAAGGCAUGGACGGGCGCGGCGGCAUGCCCGCGUGGCGCUGGCUGUUCAUCUUCGACUUCAUCCUCGCCGUGCCCGUCGCCAUCUACGGCAUAAUCUUCUACCCAGACACCCCCGAAACAACCACAGCAUUCUACCUAAACGACUGGGAACGCAAACGCGCCCUCGAGCGCAUGCAGCUCGACGGGCGCGCCUCCAACCCUUCCCUCAAAUUCGACUGGGGCUUCCUCCGCCGCGUUCUGGCGUCGUGGCAGCUCUACGUCUUCUCAAUCGCUUAUAGUCUGUGGACGCUCACCUGCGGGUCCUACGUCAUGCAGUACUUCACGCUGUGGCUGAAGUCGACAGGGAAAUACUCCAUCCCGCAGAUAAACAACAUCCCGACGUCUCUCGGCGCUGUCAAUUUCGUCUUCAUGCUAGGGACUGGGUACGUCGUUGACAUUGUUGGCCCGCGGCGCCGCGGCGCCGUCUGUUUCGCCGUCGGCUGUCUGUGGACAUUCUGCUUCGCAAUCCUCACGCACUGGGACGUGCCCGAGAAACUGAAGAUGACUGCGUUUAUUAUAACGGGCUGUUAUGGGUGCUUUACGCCGCUGCUAGCCGGGUGGGUGAAUUCAGUCUGUGGAGGCGACCAGCAGCUGCGCGCGUUUGUGCUGGGGUUUAUGGUUUCGCUGGGCCAGGCGGUUGUGAUCCCGUUUCAGCAGCUGCAGUUUCCGAGUAGUCAGGCGCCGGAGUUUAGGGAGACGCAUGGAUGGCCGAGUGGGUUGGCGUUUGUGGUUGCGUUGACGCUGUUUACGGGUGUUGGGAUUGAUGGCGUGAGAUGGGUGGUUGAGGGGAGAAAGAGGUAG